GGAAAGGGAAAUACUCUCUGGCAGAGUCUGCGUGGGACAGGGCGGCUGACUGGCAUAUCCAGAGGUUCCCUUCCCAGGUCCAGCCCAGGUGCUCACCAUGCCCACCAUCUCCCCUGAAUCAAGUUUAGAAGACUUUGAGUAUGAUGAGCUUGCAGAAGCCUGUGAUAUGGGGGACAUCGUGGCCUUGGGAACUGUCUUCCUGGCCAUACUCUACUCCCUUGUCUUUGCCUUUGGCCUGGUGGGAAAUUUGUUGGUGGUGUUUGCCCUCACCAACAGCCAGAAGCCCAAGAGCAUCACUGACGUUUACCUCCUGAACCUGGCUUUUUCUGAUCUGCUCUUUGUAGCCACCUUGCCCUUCUGGACUCACUAUCUUAUAAACGAGCAAGGCCUUCAUAAUGCCGUGUGCAAACUCACCACCGCCUUCUUCUUCAUUGGGUUUUUUGGAGGCAUAUUCUUCAUCACCAUCAUCAGCAUCGACAGGUACCUGGCCAUUGUCCUGGCCGCCAACUCCAUGAACAACCGGACCGUGCAGCAUGGCGUCACCAUCAGCCUUGGCGUCUGGGCAGCCGCCAUCUUGGUGGCCGCACCCCAGUUCAUGUUCACCAAACAGAAAGAAAACGAAUGCCUUGGUGACUAUCCUGAGGUCCUACAGGAAAUCUGGCCUGUGCUCCGCAACGUAGAAAUAAAUUUUCUUGGCUUCCUGCUCCCCCUGCUUAUUAUGAGUUACUGUUACUUCAGAAUCAUGCAGACACUUUUUUCCUGCAAAAACCAAAAGAAAGCUAAAGCCAUUAGGCUGAUCUUUCUUGUGGUCAUCAUGUUUUUCCUCUUCUGGACACCCUACAACGUCAUGAUUUUCUUAGAGACACUCAAUCUCUAUGACUUCUUUCCCAACUGUGACAUGAAGAGGGAUCUGAGGUUGGCCCUCAGUGUGACCGAGACAGUUGCAUUUACCCACUGUUGCCUAAAUCCCCUUAUCUAUGCAUUUGCUGGAGAGAAGUUCAGAAGAUACCUUUACCACCUGUACAGGAAAUGCCUGGCUGUCCUGUGUGGCCAUCCCGUCCACAUCAGUUUCUCCCUGUCCCCGUCUGAAUCACAAAGGAGCAGGCGAGAAAGUGUUCUGAGCAGCAAUUUCACUCAUUACACCAGUGAUGGAAAUACAUCCAUCCUCCUCUGAAAGCCUUGUCCCUCCAGCAAGCCUGGAGUUUCUGAGACUGACACUGAAU